AUGACCCUCAACAACGUUACCAUGCGCCGCACCCACAACAGCAGCCUGCAGCAGCAGCAGCAGCAGCGCUGGAGCAUCCCUGCUGAUGGGAAGAACCUGCUGGUCCAAAAAGACUCCAACGAGUACAACCCGCAGAAGCGCUACACCAUCAGUCCUGACGAGUAUUACAGAAGGAGCUGGUCCUCGGAGUCGUCCGACUCGGUCAUCUCCUCGGAGUCUGGCAGCAGCUGCUACCGGGUGGUGCUGAUCGGGGAGCACAGUGUGGGCAAGUCCUCGCUGGCCAACAUCUUCGCAGGGGUGCACGACAGCAUUGACAGCGACUGCGAGCUGCUGGGAGAAGACACGUAUGAAAGAACCCUGAUGGUGGAUGGGGAAAGUGCAACCAUUAUACUGCUUGACAUGUGGGAUAAUAAGCGCGAGGGAGAGUGGAUUCGAGACCACUGCAUGCAGGUGGGAGACGCCUACUUGAUUGUCUACUCCAUCACGGACCGGGCGAGCUUCGAGAAGGCCUCGGAGCUCAGAAUACAGCUCCGCAGGGCGCGCCAGAAAGAAGACAUCCCCAUUAUCCUGGUUGGCAACAAAAGCGACCUUGUCAGGUGCCGCGAAGUUUCGGUGGCAGAGGGCCGAGCCUGCGCCGUGGUGUUUGACUGCAAGUUCAUCGAGACCUCGGCGGCCGUGCAGCACAACGUGAAAGAGCUCUUCGAAGGCAUCGUGCGGCAGGUCCGGCUCCGCAGGGACAGCAAGGAGAAGAACGAGAAGCGCCUGGCCUUCCAGAAACGGAGGGAGAGCAUCCCCAAGAAAGCCAGGCGGUUCUGGGGCAAAAUCGUUGCCAAGAACAACAAGAACAUGGCCUUCAAACUGAAGUCCAAGUCUUGCCAUGACCUGUCGGUUCUUUAAGAACACUGGACUCUGCCAGAGCUUGUGGCAUUUUGUGGACAUUAUCUAACUAUGUCGUGGGACAAUCAAUCAAUCUAUAUUAGAUUGGGCUAUCAAAGUGACUUAGGUUCACAGUUAUCAUUGUGAUGAUAAGUGCUGGCAUAGGAACAGCACAAUGCAUGGAAAUAGCUCUCUUUCUAUUUUUGUUGGUAGUUUUACAAGAAAAACGUAGACCAGAAUGACCCAAAGUUAUGCUGGGAAGCUCUCUGGAAAGUACCUGUUGUUUCUCCUCUCACCUUCAGAUAAUAGUGUAAGAACCUCAAGCUGUCAUGACUUGGGAAGUAAAUACUACAAUC